AUGUUUUAUUCCAUCGCUGAAAAAAUCUGCGUACCACCUGAAAAUCCCAAGCUAGGCCCCUGGAGUCAGUGUUCUGGUAUAUCCCCCUGGGUGAUCGACCUCAGUCAGUGUUCUGGUAUAUCCCCCUGGGUGAUCGACCUCAGUCAGUGUUCUGGUAUAUCCCCCUGGGUGAUCGACCUCAGUCUGUGUUCCUGUAUAUCCCCCUGGGUGAUCGACCUCAGUCAGUGUUCUGGUAUAUCCCCCUGGGUGAUCGACCUCAGUCAGUGUUCUGGUAUAUCCCCCUGGGUGAUCGACCUCAGUCAGUGUUCUGGUAUAUCCCCCUGGGUGAUCGACCUCAGUCAGUGUUCUGGUAUAUCCCCCUGGGUGAUCGACCUCAGUCAGUGUUCUGGUAUAUCCCCCUGGGUGAUCGACCUCAGUCUGUGUUCUGGUAUAUCCCCCUGGGUGAUCGACCUCAGUCAGUGUUCUGGUAUAUCCCCCUGGGUGAUCGACCUCAGUCUGUGUUCUGGUAUAUCCCCCUGGGUGAUCGACCUCAGUCAGUGUUCUGGUAUAUCCCCCUGGGUGAUCGACCUCAGUCAGUGUUCUGGUAUACCCCCCUGGGUGAUCGACCUCAGUCAGUGUUCUGGUAUAUUCCCCUGGGUGAUCGACCUCAGUCAGUGUUCUGGUAUAUUCCCCUGGGUGAUCGACCUCAGUCAGUGUUCUGGUAUAUCCCCCUGGGUGAUCGACCUCAGUCAGUGUUCUGGUAUAUCCCCCUGGGUGAUCGACCUCAGUCAGUGUUCUGGUAUACCCCCCUGGGUGAUCGACCUGUCGGUGUUCUGGUAUAUUCCCCUGGGUGAUCGACCUCAGUCAGUGUUCUGGUAUAUCCCCUGGGUGAUCGACCUCAGUCAGUGUUCUGGUAUACCCACCUGGGUGAUCGACCUCAGUCAGUGUUCUGGUAUAUCCUCCUGGGUGAUCGACCUCAGUCUGUGUUCUGGUAUAUCCCCCUGGGUGAUCGACCUCAGUCAGUGUUCUGGUAUAUCCCCCUGGGUGAUCGACCUCAGUCAAUGUUCUGGUAUAUCCCCCUGGGUGAUCGACCUCAGUCUGUGUUCUGGUAUAUCCCCCUGGGUGAUCGACCUCAGUCACUGUUCUGGUAUAUCCCCCUGGGUGAUCGACCUCAGUCAGUGUUCUGUUAUAUCCUCCUGGGUGAUCGAUCUCAAUCAGUGUUCUGGUAUACCCCCCUGGGUGAUCGACCUCAGUCUGUGUUCUGGUAUACCCCCCUGGGUGAUCGACCUCAGUCAGUGUUCUGGUAUACCCACCUGGGUGAUCGAUCUCAGUCAGUUUUCUUGUAUAUCCCCUGGGUGA